ACAGCAGACGGUUGGUUUCCACACGGAUAACGGUUGGUUUAGCAGCGUGUUGCCUGUAAACAUGUCACAUGAGUUAGCUAACGCCAAGUGGUGUUGCGGCGACGUCACUAUCGCUGGCGAACUCAUUUAGGGACAUUGUCCACGCCCAGGUCACGUGCUGACGAGCGGCGAGCCAAUCCUAAGCGAGGACGGGAAACAGCUGACGGUGAACAACAACACGCACACACACGGUCUUCUUUUCCUGCAGGUGGUGGUGUGUCGUGGACUCUGCACGUAGCUCACAAACUCUUCGGAGACCUCGUCUACGAUGGCUGGUGUCUGUCUCUGGCUCUCAUGCAAGGUUCAUGUUUUUUGGUUGCUGCUGUAAAAAAAAGAGGGACGAGGUGCGAGCUUUCGAGUGAGGAGGAGACCCGGGGACCGUCCAUCCCAAACCAGCCGCAUAUAUGGCUGCGUCCCUCAUCCGAGCUUGCCGCAGUCUGGCUCUCUCGACGUGGCUGCUGUCGUUUUGUUUCGUGCACUUAUUGUGCCUGGACUUUACGGUUGCAGAGAAAGAGGAAUGGUACACCGCUUUUGUUAACAUCACCUAUCUGGACCCCGUCACUUCGGAGGUCAGGACAGAGAAAACCGAGUGCGGUCGGUACGGCGAGCAGUCGCCCAAGAAAGAAGCCAGAGGUCUCGUGCUGGUGCCGUCCAGCCUGCAGGACAGACAGGCUUGCGACCCGAACGUCAGGUUCCCCCACGUGCCUCAAAACACCGCCUGGGUGGCGUUGGUGGCUGCGGGGAACUGUACAUACCGAGAGAAGAUCCGGAACGUAGCCAACUGCAACGCCUCUGCUGUUGUCAUAUACAAUGUGGGCUCCGGCAGUGCAAACGACACCAUAACGAUGCCCCAUCCAGGUACAGGCGAAGUUGUGGCCAUCAUGAUCCCAGAGCCUAAAGGUCGUGAGAUCGCGGCCUUGCUGGAGCAGAAAAUCAUGGUCAUGCUGCACAUCUCCAUAGGAACCCGCAACCUGCAGAAAUACGUGAGCAGAACGUCGGUAGUGUUUGUCUCCAUCUCCUUCAUCGUCCUCAUGAUCAUCUCCCUCGCCUGGCUCGUCUUCUACUACAUCCAGAGGUUUCGCUACGCUAAUGCACGAGACCGCAAUCAGAGACGUUUGGGAGAUGCUGCCAAAAAGGCCAUCAGUAAGCUGCAAGUACGCACCAUUAAGAAAGGAGACAAGGAGACUGAGUCCGACUUUGACAGCUGUGCAGUUUGCAUCGAAGGUUAUAAGCCGAAUGAUGUUGUGAGGAUUUUACCAUGCAGGCAUGUCUUCCAUAAGCACUGUGUAGACCCGUGGCUACAAGACCACCGGACCUGUCCCAUGUGUAAAAUGAACAUCCUCAAAGCCUUGGGAAUCCCACUCAACGCAGACUGUUUAGAUGACGUUCCUCCAGACUAUGAGACAUCUGUCGGCGGUCCACACACCAACCACAUCAGCGGGGCGAGUGAAAUCACGGUAAACGAGAGCUCGGUGGUUCUGGAUGCAGCCGGUGGAGAAACGGCUCUAGAGCAGCUCCAUCCUGACGAAGAGACAGAACACCAGGCAGGAGAACGCCACAUCAUCGCCGGGUGUGGGCACCAGCCUCCACCCCGCAGUGAUUCAGACACCUCUAUUGCCUUGGGCGUGGAGUUGGACAUGCCUGAAGUAGACCUGUCAACGGAGCAAGAAGGCUAAAUCCUGAGCCAAAUAAAUUUGAGAUUGAAAGCAUGAAUCACCAGGAAAAGGAGGACAAAGUGACCGGUGCCGCCCCCCCCCUUACCCAGAGAUCCGCCAUGUCUUUGGUCCCCUGGAGGAAUUGACUUAACAGAAGAAGGGCAAAUGAGCAAAACAACACAGCAGCACAAAACCCCCCAGUUUUGUCUUCACCGAAAAGCAGAUUUGUCCCUGCAUCUGUCGACGUGUCGCUUGUUCGUUUCCUAGCAGUCACACCUCACCAUUUUGUUGGUUUGACUGCUAUGCUAACCAGACAGCCAAUCACAGCUCUCACAUUGUGGUGGCCCAGUUUUUGUUACACGUAAUCUUUUCACACCCAUAAAGGUUCUUGAUACGAUAUUCAGAGCAUUAAUACAGCAUCAAACAUGUAUUGGAUAUGUAAAGAUAUAGUCGGAGCAAAGAGUGGAGUGGCUCUUCCUCUGUUUGUUGUAAUCCGAUCUUCUCUGUUCUUUGCUGACAUUGCCAGGCCGGUCGCACAUGUUUGUUUUUUUAGUGCAUGUGAGCGUGCCCCACUUCUGAGCUCAUGACCGCCACUCUGCCCUGCUCUCACACAGCAGUUACAGCUGAUAACACCGUCCUGACCAACGCUGUGAACUAACACUGUUCUUUGCACAGUUAGCGCUGUUCGCACCGUUAGCUACGGGCCACUUGCUCAGCCAUUGCCAUCUUGAGAGCCGUUUGGAGGCAAUAUGUUCUUAAUUUUGUAAACGUAGUAUCUGGAAUAUAAUAGGUUGUUUGAGGCCUAGUACAAAAUAAUAUUUCUAAACCUGUUAUUGGACACAAUAUAAGCACAGAAACAACAGGGUAUCCUUAGCGUCAGAUUGCAGCUUUAAUUGUUAUUCAAAAUAUGCGCAGAUUGUUCGUUUUAUUGGUAUGAGAUCACUGCCAACAUAUUCCUCCUGAUGUAAUGGAUACAUAGCAUGUAUAGAGCCUGUAUCAGCAACUUAUUCUGAGUCUAACAGUUGGUGUGAAUUCCCACCAGCUAUUUUUCUUCAGAACCGUAGGUCUUGAAGUGUAUGUGGUCAUGUGACAUUCAAGGAGUUGGGAUAUUUAUGCACACGUUAUGCUGUAAUUUCUAAAUGUAACGGUUUCUGUUACUAAUUUUAUGUAUUUAUAAUCUAUAUUUUCCCAACUGAAUAUUCCUGUUGAGAGAAAUUAAGCAAAAACAAGGUUGAUAUUUAUGUUCUCACAUUUGACAAUCAUAGCUCACGACAGGCAGUUUGAGGCGAUGUCACCCACUGCCCUACUGAAACUGCUGCUGUUUUACAGGUUAUCAAGACAAACGGCGCUGGUGAUCACUUCCUAUUGUCCAUCAGGAUGGAAGUGUUCAUAUCUGUGUUCACACUGCUGCUAAAUACAGCUGGCAAUUGUAGUUGUCGCUACCAAAUUCUGGCAGGGUGCACAUACUGUAGAGAAACUUUCUACACUUGUCAAGCCAGUCGGUAUAAAUAUGUAAACCAAUCUUUGUGCCAAGAUUAUCAGUAGUAUUUUAAACAUUGUGGUUGUUUCACGCACACUGAUUUCCUUUGCUGUGUCACAGAAGGGCUCUGAAAUAACAUGAGGAUUGGAUGCUCAGUUAAAAGAGGGACUGUUUUUAUGGAAAAGGAGAGUGAUGUGCAUCGCCUGACAAAUAAGAUGCAUUUGAAAGCCCAGUCAGGGCUUUCAUUUGAGGAAUUUGAUGCUCCAAACAUUUAUUCAAGCGUACAGCGUGAACAUGUUUACAGUGUAAUAAUUGAGAGGUUUUGUUUGGAAUUGGUCCACACAAAGUCGGCUAAUUUUUAAACCUACACGCAAACAACCCCU